AUGGAUCCGGCCACCAUCGACCACGUCAGAAGGGUGGCCAGCUUCGUCAUCACCCCCUGCCUCAGGGACCCGAGCAUGACAGCCCAGGACAGGGUGAGGGUGGUGGAGCGCUGGAUCCAGGUGGCCCAGGAGUGCGAGAUCCUGAAGAACUUCUCCUCGCCCUGCACUGUCAUCUCUGCUCUGCAGAAAACCUCCACAAGCCACCUGAAGAACACACGGGGGAAGUUUCCCGGUGGAGAGAGCCCUGAAAAUCUUCAGGAACUCAAUAGUCAAGACAAGCCCUUGAGCAGAGAACUGAUGAUCAAGGAGGGGCCCUUCACGUUUGCCCCCCCAGAGAGCAACCCCCAGAGAGUGCAGGAGAAGCAGCAGCAGCAGCAGGGUGUCUUCCCCUAUCUUGGCAAUCUGCUCAGUGACCUGCUGAUGCUGCACCUGGCGAUGGGUGACUAUCUCGAGGUGGGUGAACCUGAGGACUAGGCAGGAAGGACCAGGAUUCUGAGCCUUGGGAUGUGGGAGCCCCCAAACUGAGCUCUGAGUUCUCAGCACUUGGCACAUCUACUCUCAUGAGAGCCUCGCAGCUGCUCCUGGGAGCUGGGGCAUCAGGCCCAUCUUAGG